UCUAAUAAAUUCUCCCGAAAACCCUAUAUCAAACAAAAAUUCUUUGAUUUUUUCCUAUUAAACUACAAGUUCCGCCCACAACUUCGUCCUCUCUCUCGGACUCUCUAGCCUCUAGGUGUGUGACAGAGAUAGAGUUGUUAGCUUGGUCACACGCUUUACCUUUAAAGCUUUACUAUUUUCUCGAUUCGAUUUUCUAGGAAUUAUCAAAAUAGAAAAAAGAUAAAAACUAGGUCUACGAAAAUUAGGCCGAAAGAAACAAUCAAACUGUCUUUGAUAGUUGAUUUUCUCUCUCUUUCUAAUGGAUUCAAGAGAUAUCCCACAACCUCAGCCCCAACAGUUUCAGCCAGCGCCACUGGCAAUGUUAAGGUCUCCUUACCCUAACUCUAUCACUGGUGCAAUGAUUGAACCUAACUCAACAUCCCAACCGAUCCAUCAUCGUCUAACUUUUGGCGCUCUCACACCACAUCGGACGUUUCAGCAGCAACAACAGAUGGAUCAGAAAACGCAUGAGUCACUUGGAUACGUCGAAGAAGUAUCAACGCCUUCUUCUCAACCGAUGCGAUCUGGGAUAGACCCGAACCAGAAUGAGCAACAACAAGUGAAGAGGAAGAGAGGAAGGCCAAGGAAGUACGCUCCUGAUGGUACCAUUGCAUUAGGUUUGGCUCCGACUUCUCCUCUUCUGGACGGAGAUAGCGGCAGAGUAAAUACAAAAUCAGCUGAUCCACCUGCUAAACGAGCAAGAGGAAGACCUCCGGGCUCCAUCAAGAAACAAUUUGGUGCUUUAGGAACAUCAGGAGGUAUGUUUACUGCUCAUGUCAUUGAAGUGAAAGAAGGAGAGGAUAUAUUAUCAAAGGUGGUGGCUUUUACGAAUCAAGGGCCAAUAACAAUUACUGUUCUCUCUGCAACUGGGGCAGUUUCUACAGCGACAAUUUGUUAUCCUAGUGGAAUUAAUAAUUAUAAGGGACGGUUCGAGAUCGUUGCACUCUCAGGCCACUUCUCCAAUUAUGAGGUAAAUGGUUCUAUCAACAGAACUGGUAGUUUGACUGUGGCUUUGGUUUGUCCCAGUGGCCAGAUUUUAGGUGGCACAGUUGGUCAGUUAGUAGCUGCAACACCAGUGCAGGUCACAGUGGGAAGCUUUGUUGAUGAAGCAAAGAAAGUGAAACAGAGUACCGGUAACAAUGCUCAGGGACAGAAUCCUGAACCGGCUUCAGCACCAGCUAAUAUGUUGAACUUUGGAUCGAACUCUCAAGGACCAUCAAGCGAGUCAUCUGAAGAGAACGAAAGCGGUUCUCCUUCAAUAAUGCAGCAACAUGACAACAACAAUAGUGGGAUUUUUGGAAACUCAAUGGCUCAACAACAGCAACUGCGUCAGAUGCAAAUGUAUAAUCUUUGGCCUAGUAGUGGUCAAUAAACAGAAUUUGCCGCAAAUUUGUUUUUGGUUUUGAUCUUUGUUUUUGUUCCUUUGAGAAUGUUAAGCUUCAAGCUUGAAGCUUUUUUUUUUUUUGGAGGUUUUAGAAAUAUAGGGAGAUCUUAAGAUUAGGGUUCUUUCAGGUUUUUUUUCUCCUUACUCAUUGUAGUGGUGAUUAUUUAGUUUCUCGGUCAAUUUUCCGUGACUCUUUUUA